GGGACUUGUAGUCUUACUGUAGGGGAUGCUGGGACUUGUGGUGCCCCUCACAGCUCUGCAAUCUGCCUCCAGCUCUGUAACUAUGCCAAGGGCUUGACAGGGGAUGCUGGGACUUGUAGUACCACUACGCAUGAAGUCUGGCGGCCCUCCACCUGUUGCCAAACUACAAGUCCCAUGAGGCAUUGCAAGACUGACAGUUACAAGCAUGACUCCCAAAGGCAGAGGCAUGAUGGGACUUAUAGUUUCGCAACAGCUAGAGGUCUGCCAGUGUGACACCCUUGCUCUAGAGCUU